AUGAUUGGUCUGUUGAGCUCGCAGACGGGGAGCCAGGAUAAGGUCGCCGGAGGCCUGGGCUUGGCUGCUUGGGUAGCUUCGCAAGGGCAAGAGAUUGGCGCAUGCGGAGAAGCUGUCAUCACGUGUCGGCGUUUCUGUGCAGCAAGGCCGUGGAUGCGGGUUUCUAGUGAAGAUGAUUUUGCGUUGGAAGCAGGUAUAGGGGGCCAGCGAGGCGGGCGGUCAAGUGCUGAAUGCGAAUAUGUGGCUGUUGUGAAGCCAUUUGCAGUUGAUUCUGGCGAACAGGAAGUGGGUCUGCGGUCGCAACACGGUUGCAUCGGAGACGACGAGGCGGUGCGAGGAGAGAAGCGCUUAUGA